AUGAGAACAAUAACGCCUCUUCCGAUAAAAGACGAGGAAUAUCAAAAUAUCAUUUCCGAUUUCAAUAUUUCGUCUACAUUUUAUACUAUUCACUCAAUUUUAAAAAUCGAAAUGGAUUGUUCUUUCACGAAUAGAUUUGAUUCAGUUAUGAUGUGGACUUGGGAGAACCCAAAUUUACUACGAUUAUUUCAUGGUACAAAGCACACUUGUGAUAUCUGGAACCUAGAUGAUUGGAGAAAAUUAUGCAAUAACUCCGAAUGUGGUGUUUGUGGAAUUUUGAAAUUUGGACCUUUGUUGUCGAAAGCAAAACCGAACUUGGCUGGAACGUAUCUUUGGUAUAGUCCUACAGUGUCUAUGGCACAUGAAUAUACCGGUCCUUUGAAGCUAAAUGAUGAUGGAUUUAGAGCCAUGUUUGUCAUGAACGUUAUACAUGGGAAGCCAUACUCAAAUUCUAUCGUAAUUGAAGCUCAAGAACCAGCUUGUCUUUUUCGAUCAGAGAUGAAAGAUUUAGACCCAAUUGCAGACCAUGUUGUAACACCAAGAUGUUUAAUUAGACGAUCCCCUGCUCGUUAUCGCCUCCCUGUCGAACCAAAGCCUGCUUAUGACCAAAAACGUGUUAUUAAUGAAAAAAGAGUGACUUGUGAACCUUGUGCACGACGUUGUCGUCCAAGUAGAGCUGACAAGGACUGA